AUGUCCUCGUCGGAUUGGAAAAAAACCCUUGGCUUCACAGAUCGAUUGACAGCCAUUCAAUCGCUCACCAUCGCCUACCAACGAGCUUCCUCCUCGGCUGCGUUCGCUGAGGCCCAAUCUCAAGCCAAGAGAUCUGAAAGUGAAGCCUAUGAUCAAGCCGCGUCCCAGGCAGAAUAUGACAGACUAUGUCAGGAGGCUAUUGACCAAGCAGAGGCUACUGGAUCGGUAGCUCCCAUCAUCAGCAGCCCAGACCAGCCUCACGCCGACUCCGGCAAGCACCACUGGGAGGGUGGAGAAACCAUCGGUCCAUACCAGUCAUGUCUUCCUCAUUUUGACGGCAUACACUCCAUGAUUUAUAAGUCCAAGCGUGCAGAUGGUACCCUGGUGGCCGUUAAGGUCACAAUCCCUCACUUACUGGCCCCACCGCACGACGCUAAACGUGAGGUCCAGCUGCUUCAUGCUGCGGCUGGCCCUCGAGUAAUCCCGCUGCUAGAAACUCUCGGUUUAGAUCAAGGGCGAUUUGUUAUUGUCUUUCCUUUUAUGAGACAUGAUUUUGAACAGCUACUUCGACGAGACGCAUUAACAGCGGCGCAAACCAAGUCUCAUUUGUGGGACAUGUUCAGCGCGUUAGCACACAUCCAUAAAUUGGGGCUCAUACACCGAGAUAUCAAACCAUCCAACAUCUUGCUCGAUUCCCCUGAUGGCCCCGCCUAUCUGGCAGAUUUUGGAAUCGCAUGGAAAGAAGGCUGCAAAGGAGCUGAGCCCGUUGAUCAAAAGAUCACAGAUGUUGGAACCACGUGUUAUCGUCCACCUGAGAUCCUGUUUGGUUUCAAGGGAUAUGGACCUGCUCUUGACCUUUGGGCGGCCGGUUGUGUCGUUGCUGAAGCGGUGGCUGUUGGACACAAGCAAUUGUUUGACUCGGGUCCUGUAGGAAGCGACUUAUCGCUGAUUCAGUCUAUCUUUCAGACCCUGGGAACCCCAGAUGAAGGCACUUGGCCUGAGACCCAACGGCUUCCGGACUGGGGAAAAGUGGAGUUCUACAAAUACCCUGCCAAAGAAUGGGAUGAUAUCCUCAAAGGAGCUUCUACCAAAGCCCGAGACUUGGUAAGCCAACUGGUGUGUUACGAGAGCAAUAAACGUCUGUCCGCUGAAGAGGCAUUGAAACAUUCUUACCUUGAGACCUUUUAA